AUGUUCCGCACUGUGGAAAAUCUCAGAGGACGUUGUCGGAAGCCAAAAGUGAAACCUGUGUUGGCCAGGAGAAUAGUGAGAGAGGUGAAAAAGAAUCCAAGGAUCACCACCAAGGCCAUUCUGGAUUUUAGCAGCUAUAACUCUCUGGGACAGAGUCAGUUCUCUCAGUACUACACUCUUCCUCCCAGCUACGUGCCUGCUGGGCUACCUAACAGUGAUGAGCACGGUGGCGGUGCGGGCGUCGACGGAUAUUCAGCAGUGAAAUCAGAGGAGGCCGCCUCAGCUGGACUGCCUCCUAGAGAUGCGUCCCCACCAGAAAACCUGCCUGUUUGUGCGGCUCUUCCAACAACCGUGGCAGUGCCCGCUGGAGCUCGAGAUCAGGACGAGGUCGGCCGCAGGAACUCGGUGGGCAAAGCCAAAGGGAAGGGCAAGAAGUCUGAUAACUCUCCACCUGCUGAGAGUGACCUGGAGGACCCGGCGACUGUGUUGAACUUGGGCUUGCAGAUGGAGGAGCUGAUCUUUGAGCUGGCAGACACCCAUCUUUUCUUCAAUGACCUCGAGGAGUGUGAUCAAGUCCAUGUUGAGGAUGUGGCCUCUGAUGACAAUGGACAGGACCUGAGCAACUACAACUUCAUGGCGGAUGGAUUUAACGGCCCCAGCGGUGGAGCUGCAUCAGGAACCACCACAGGAGUUCAGGGAGGGGUGGAGUGGAUGCGUAAACUGGCCUUUCGCUACCGCUGGCUAAAAGAGAUCUACAAUAGUUACAAAGGAAAUGUCGGGGGCCUGUUGAAUCCCAUGAAGAGGGAGCUGCUGUUGAGGCUUCAGUCCGAGAUCGAGAAUGUUACAGACUCCUGGCUCAGCACUGCGCUCAAGUCUCUGCUGCUCAUCCAGUCCAGGGGGAAGUGUAUGAACGUGUUAGUCACCACGACUCAGCUGGUUCCAGCUCUGGCCAAAGUGCUGCUCUACGGCCUGGGAGACGUCUUCCCCAUCGAAAACAUCUACAGUGCCACAAAAAUAGGGAAAGAGAGCUGCUUUGAGAGGAUCGUCUCUCGCUUUGGGAAAACAGUGACUUAUGUGCACAACAUGCCUUUCUGGCGGAUCUCCAGUCACGGCGACCUCGUGUCCCUUCACCAAGCGCUGGAACUGGACUUCUUGUAA